AACAACAUAACGGCGAACACGGUCUCAGUCUCCCACCAACAAAGCUAUGGCCUUUUGGUCGGUCGCCAGCCGGGAAAACACUGCCGAGGCUCCGGAAGUCUAAUCUGCUGACACGACGAGCCCGAGUCGACGACAUGUCCUCGCAGUGAGUGCUUUUGCCUGCAACCACUCGCUACUCACCAGAGGACGAAAGUGCAAUGCCAUUCUUAGCGGAGACGCACCAUCCAAUUCCUACCAAGGACAUCUUGUCUUGGUACUUUGACAAGCCCAACUUCGACCAGGACCGACCGUUGUACAUCGAUGCCGAGGAUACAAGUCGCUUUUGGACGGCCAAUCAAUGUCGAAAAGCAAUCAGACAAUUAGCCGCCGGCUUCAAAGCACUCGGCUUGAAAGGAUGGCAGGAUAGAAAUUCCCAAAGCGACAUCACUCACGCUGGCGGCGCGCCUCUGCCUCACGGCAAAGCCUCGCCCGGUGACACGGUGGUCAUCCUUUCGUUCAACGAACUCAACUAUCCAAUCCUCGUCAAUGGCAUCACCGGCUUUGGCGGUGUGUACACCGGUGCCAACCCCGCAUACACAUCCUACGAACUCGCACAUCAUCUCAAAUCCUCCGACGCUCGGCUGGUGAUUGUAGAAGUGGAACUGCUACCCAAUCUAUUGAAGGCUGCAAAGGAGGUUGGACUUCCUCAAGACCGGAUUCUCAUCUUCGAUAAUCAUGGAGAGACCAUACCGCAAGGCUUUCGAUCGUGGUGGACGCUCUUUGAACAUGGUGAGGUCGAUUGGCCAACUUUCGACGACUACGAGAGUGCGACGGGAACUACAGCGGCAUUGCUUUAUUCUAGUGGAACUACAGGUCUUCCCAAGCCCGUCAUGCUCUCCCAUCACAACCUCAUCACCGAACAAACGCUCUUCAGCGAGUGGCAGCCUACUCCGUGGCAGAGAAGAAGACUCAUGGUGUUGCCAAUGUUCCACGCGGCCACUGCUCCACUCUCACAUUUCUCGCCAUUGCACUGGGGCGAUUUGAUCUUCACCAUGCGCCGAUUCGACUUGGAAAGCUACUUGACGAUGGUGCAGAAGCAUCAGAUCACCGAAGGCGCUUUCGUUCCCCCAAUGGUGCAUAUGAUCAUCUCUUCUCCCUUGAUGCGCACGGAAAAGUUUAAGAACAGCCUCAAAAGCAUUCGAGUCGGGCAUACCGGCGCCGCACCCCUUGAUCCUGGCAGCCAGGCCCGUUUGAUUCCGUUUCUGCAUCUAGAAACGACGUUGACCCAAGUCUGGGGCAUGACCGAGACCAGCUGUACAUGUUGCAUGACCAUGUGGAAUGCCCCGGAGGCCUACGAAGCCGGUAGAUGGGGCAGUGUCGGGAAGAUGCUUCCCAACAUGGAUGCCAAACUGGUGGACGACGACGGCAAAGACAUUAGCGGCGACAAUGUGAGCGGCGAGCUAUGUGUGCGAGGCCCUCUGAUUGUCAAAGGGUAUUACAAGAAUCCGGAAGCAAACCAGAGGGAUUGGGAUGAAGAUGGCUUCUUUCACACCGGUGACGUGGCGUACCGAGACGGCAAGACCAAGCACUGGUACAUCGUAAACCGGAAGAAGGAGCUAAUCAAAGUUCGUGGCUUCCAAUGCGCGCCGAUCGAACUGGAGGGAGCGUUGCUAGCCCAUCCAGAUAUCGUCGAUGCUGCCGUUCUCGGAGUCCCUGCGCCACGGGAAGUCGAUGGUGAAGAGCCUCGAGCAUAUCUCGUCACGCGGCCCGAGGCAAAGGGCAAGGUGACCGUCGAAAGCAUCAACAAACACAUGGCGGAACGGCUGGCGAAGUACAAGCAGAUUACGGGCGGCAUCGUGUUUGUGGAUGCGAUUCCCAAGACCGCCUCGGGCAAGAUUCUGAAGCGCAUCUUGAAGGAGCAGGCGAAGAAGGAGUUGGAGGCAGCUGGAAGGACGGAUAUCAAAGCGAAGAUGUAGUACGGUCGGAGAUGCACUACUUCAAAGCCCCAUCA